AUGAGUGGCAUUGACAAGACAGCCUCCGAUGAUGUGCGGCGCACAGGGGAACUUCAAGAUACUGCAAGGCAGCAGUUGAAUGCUUCCCUUGAGAUCGCUUUGCAGCUGAGUGGACACAGCCUCUUGAGGCGCAAAGUGAAGGUGGAGUUGUGGACAGAUGACCCAGACGCUGCAGCAGCGAUGGGAGCAAAGCCCUUGAAACCGUACACUGGUCCUCUGCCAGAAGAAGGGCCAUACAAGGUGAUCGUCAGAGGCCUCGACAAGUCGGUGACGCAGAGGGACCUUGGCUACUUCUUCUGGGAUAGAGACUGCGAAUGUGAGGGUGUUAUGUAUCCGCUCAAGAAUGAGAGACAUGCCGGCACGGUGGAAUUCAAAGAUCAGGAGUCCUUAAGAAAAGCUUUGGGGCUCAACAGUGCCGUCUUCAAGGGGCGAGAGAUCACAGUGUCAAUCAUGACCAAGGAGGACAACAAGCCCGAGCCCGCACGGCGGCUGGGCAGCUCUGGUGGCGCCCCUGGUGCUGGCGGAGGCGGCAAAGGCAUGGGCAAGAGUCGAGGUGAUGACAGAGGAAUGGGUCGUCGCGAAGACCGUGGUCCUCCUAGCCGUGCAGAGUUUGGCAGCGAAAGGCCCAGGUUGGAGUUGAAGCCGCGAAGCAAACCAAUGCCAGGCGAUGCAGGCUAUCAAGAGGACAGUCCUCCGCGAGCCUCUGGGCGUCCAGAUCCCUUUGGUGGAGCAAGGUAUCGCACCACCCGGGCUGAUGCCGACGACAACUGGCGACGGUGA